AUUCUCAGCACGUUUAAGUGUGGUUGAUGUGGUACGAUUUUUCACGUUUCGCACAACAAAUAAAUACAAUCUUUUAAACUUGAUCUUUUAUAAAAUCGUAAAACUCCAAUACCAUUAUCGCCAGCAAUUAAUAGAUAGUAGUACACGACGCAAUAAAUUUUUCCCGUAACGUCUCUUAAAAGAUUCAAACACCGUCUGCACCACUCACUGUAUCGCCUAAAUAAUUAUGCGUUAUAAUUUCACUUUCAAUUCCUAAAAGUUCUGUUGUGGAAGGAUGUGAUGGCGCAUUAGCCAACAUGAUAAGAAUAAAUGGGCUGAAAUAACUUGUUCCGUCCGAAAAAACAAAACUUUGCGAGAACGACGCUGUAACACCCAAAACCUAUUCAUUGAACAUUCGUAGCAAUAUUUUUUAAUUUCUAUGCGCAUCGUAGUUUAAAUAGGAGUUUUUCAUAAUCCCGUAAUUUCUCAAUUUAACAGAGUGUAAUUGUUUGAUCGGACUUAGUAUCGGGACACUGACUAAGAGCACUAAGGAAUUAUUCACGCGUAAAAUGCUAAUUGGGAAUUUUUUGUGUUCCGCAGUAAAAUUAAUCAGCCUGCAAAUGCCGCAUAAGUAGUUUCGGCAGCCUCGUGUAAUCAUUCAAACGGAAACGUCGAUCGGAGGAUUACUGUCGGCAUUAGAAACGGUUGGUUCAGUAUCGUUCGUGACUUCAAAUCAUCAACUUCUCCACCAAAGUUGGCGUAAGAACAGUUCAUCUUUAGAGAAUAGAGUCUCACUGAAGCUCUUUUUUACGAUACAAUCUUCUCCAUCAGACGUGGAGUAAAGAAGCUGUUCAAUUUCUGCAUCUUCGAAGAAAGCAGACAUUUUUGCUGAGGAUAUCGUCAAGAAAAACUAGAAAAUCAUAUCGUCUUCCAAUCUAAAAACAAAACUAAUUUCAAUACGAGGAGUGGUUUUGUUUAACGCUCGAUACAAUGGUUAAACGAUUGAUCGCCAGAACGCGCAUAGCAGUCGCCUGCCGAUAUUGUUGUGUAUAUCAUCCUCAUAGCGUAUUUCGCCAAAGUUUUCCUCGGUCAAAUUGUAAACAAAACACGACUGCCAAGUUUCUUUUGACGCAACUCUCGGUACAAACGUCUGCAUUAUCGCGUGCCAUCGUUACAUUUUCUGUUAGAGUUUUAGUUUUUUAAAUGAAUUAAAAAAUGAAAAUGGCCCCAUUUUGCUGUCCUUCUCACCUUGGUUCCAAUUCACACAUAUUUCAAUAUUUAUAAUAUCAACGACAACACAUAUCAUUCUACUCCUGUAACGAGGUAACUACUAUUGCAAAAACGCAAAACAUCCGCAAAGUUGAAACCAAUUUUGAAAGUUUUUUUCAAAAUUUAUUCAUUUCGGGAACCCUUAAUUAUAGGAAGAAGUGCUUAACAGGUUCGGUAUUAGGUCAAAAGAACCUACUACGAUCAAAUACCGGCCGAGAAAAACCCAAAAAAUUAAAAAUUUGUUUAACAAUGUAUCGGCGUGCUGACAAAUAACGUUUUCGGUAAGCCACGUGCCGUUAACAGUACUGCAAUAAUUUAAUUGGAGUUCCGUAACUGGGCGAUAAUCAAGAAAAUGAAAUAUUCGAAAUCAUUGUCGGCGUCCUACGUCAUAAAUUGUGCGUUUCUUGAUGGAUACAGCUAGUCUUGCCGUGAUCUUCCUAGAAAAUAGCAUGCAGUACGGAAAAAUUUCGUCGUGGAUAUGGUUAUCCCUUUUAUCAUUAACAACUAUUUACGUGUCGAUCCAAGCGACCACGCUAAACCCAGUGACGAUGAGCCAGAUACUUCCAGCGUACGCGGUUUUGGAAAACGUGGAUCUUUUAAAUUCCAGCAGAUGUCGGACGGAAAUUGAUGAAUUCCGUAAUGCUGUUGACAACAAGAUACUUUGGGGUCUAAGAGCGUUAGACACCAGUGGAGUGCCAUCCGGGGGAUUUCUGAACGGGCACAAUUAUUGGUUAGGAGAUCGCAUAGCUUGCACCCGCCUCUCUCAAAAUCUCACGCUGUUUGUCUCGGAGGAGAAACGAAAGAACAAUACGAUAUAUCGUAACCCGAACGAGGAGCAUCCACCUUUUGAGUUUCGUUUCUUUAUUGGACGCAUUCGGCACUAUAGCACUAUGCAAUAUCACCAAGAAUUAGUGGACGAAGAUCUGAUAACGCUUGGACUUUGUUUACCGGCUUCCUGCACCAAACGCGAUGUAGUUACAAUGCUAGAUAAAGUCUUACAUAAUAAAACUCUUUUCAUUGGAAAACUUUUUGCCAUAGAUUUCAGACUCCUCGAAGUCACUGAUUUGGUGAAUGAUUAUCAGUGGCUCCUCUCUUCAAAGAUGAUCACCAUCAUAGGAGUUUUGCUAUUGUUGUGCACUACCGUGACAGCGGCCACAGCAUACGAUAUUUUCGUCCAUCGAAACCGCGUAAACUGCGGAAAGGAAAUCAUUGCGCUUCAAGAUGAAAAUACGAAGGAAUUGGAGAAGGGAACAGAAGGAAAACGCAAAACCGAUCACGAUGGACCGGCACCUUCAGAGUCCAGCGAACAAAGUCGCAUAAAUCAAUAUCUGCUCUGUUUUUCGCUGCUCAGAAAUGUACGGCAAAUAUUUAAAGUACAAAAGGGUGCAGACACUUUGCGUAUAUUCUACGGUAUGAGAGUGUUGGGAAUGCUAUGGAUUAUACUCGGGCAUUUGAUCAUGUUCGGCUUUCAUGUUAUAGCUAACAAAUCGCUUUACUACAUGAUGGGCGGUGAUAUAUUCAAGGAAAUCAUAAAUAAUCCGACGUUUCCGGUGGACACGUUUUUCUUUAUGAGUGGUUUUCUGUCGUCUUAUAUUUUUCUCAAGGAACAACAAAAAAUGAAGAGAGUACCGUCUAUANACAGAAAGGGCGAAUAUGUUCGUUCAAAUAAUCAUCAAACGAUACAUCAGGUACAGAUAAUAUUAAUAUGUCUUUAUAUUGUAAUUUAUGCCUGA